AUGAAUUUGAAUGAAAACAGGAUUCCAAAGUAUACACUAGUUUGUUAUGAUUCACUUAAUAAUUCUUGCCCAAAACAACUCUAUUCAGUUGACUAUUCAUUAAUAACAUAUAUAACAAUGUGCAUAAUCAUCUUUGUGACUGUAUGUGGAAACCUCUUGGUUGUUAUUACCAUAUCACACUUCAAACAGCUUCAUACUCCAACAAAUUAUCUCAUCCUUUCUUUGGCACUGGCUGAUUUACUUCUAGGGGGCUUUGUAAUGCCACCUCUCAUGGCUCGAAUUGCUGAAAGCUGUUGGUAUUUUGGUGAUUUUUUCUGCAAGUUUCAUCUCAGCUCAGCUAUAAUGAUUUGUACUGCAUCAAUCAUUCAUCUGUGUCUAAUAUCCGUUGAUCGUUAUUUUGCUGUGUGCCAUCCUUUAAGGUACAAAAAUAUUGUUACGGACCUAAUAACAUUCAUCUUUAUUGUUUUCACCUGGGUUCUGUCAGCUGUGCUUGGUUUUGUAAUUAUGUUUCUUGAGUUAAACAUAAAAGGAAUAGAAGACCAAUAUAUUAAUACAAAAUGUGUAGGGAGCUGUUAUCUAAUGCAAAAUGAAGUAUCAGGUCUUUCAUCAUCAUUAUUCUCUUUUUAUAUCCCAGGGAUUGUUAUGAUAUGCAUUUAUAUAAAAAUUUUUUCAGUUGCUAGUAGGCAGGCCAGAGCAAUAAGAGAUGCAGGACAUCAAUGUCAGGAGGAACAAAAACAGAGGGCUGCUUCAAAUAGAAGAGAAACCAAAGCUGCAAAAACACUGGCAAUUGUGAUGGGAGUUUUUAUUGUCUGCUGGGUCCCAUAUUUCUUGUGCAACAUCAUUGAUCCCCUUUUGAAUCACGUUAUGUCUGAAUUAUUUACUGAGAUCUUAUUAUGGUUUGGUUACAUGAACUCAACAUUUAACCCUCUUGUGUAUGGUUUCUUUUACAGUUGGUUCAGAAAAGCCCUUAAAUUAAUUGCAACUGGCAAGAUCUUCCAAAACAAUUCUUCUAGAACAAAACUUAUAAGUGAUUAA